AUGUAUUAUCCAGUGACUCCGACGAUAAAUCUUUAUGAAAGAUCAUCUAAAAGGAGUGAUGAUUCAUCCGAAUCGAGUGAUUAUUGUAAGGAUCAUCCAAAUUCAGAUCAAUGUGAAAAACCAGUUAGUAAUAAUAGUUUAACUAUUGCAUUAUCAAUUGUUUUACCUGUUAUUGCAAUUUUUUGUGUUUUAGGUUUUUUUUUAUAUAGAAAUUAUAGAAAAGAUAAAAAGGAAAGUCUACAACAUGAUCCAGAUUUUGAUGAAAAUGGCGAGGCUACUGCAUUACCAGAUUAUCCAGGGAUGAUGAAAGGAUUCAAUGAUGAUCAAAAUCCAUUCCAUAAUAGAAAUUCAGUUAGAUAUCCAAUGGAUGAAAUAAACGGAAACUCAAACUUCAAUGGUAAUUAUAAAAGACGAACUCAAGAUCCUUAUUUAGAUAGUUUUGUAUUACCUUAUCAACAUCAAACAGAAUCUAAACUUUCUUUAGAUGAUUAUGCUAAAAAUUUAGGUGAUUCACAAGGUUAUAGAACUCCAACUAAUGCACUAUCAAAAUCAAGAGCAAAUUCAAUGACUUUGGAUGGAAAUUUAAAACCUUUACAUUCAAAUUUAAGUCAAUCUACUUUAAGUCAAAAGCAUACAAGAAAUAAUUCAAAUAUAAGUCCUCAAAAGAAAGUUAAUGGUUUACAAUAUACUCAAAUGCCAAAUGAUUCUAAUCCUGAUAAUAUUGUACCAGUACCCCAUGUAACGACAAUUCAAAGAGAUAAUGUUAAUAAUGACAGUACUGAAAAUUCAGAAAGUGAUUCAGGUAUAAAUUCUCCUCAAAGUGAAAAAUUUGCAAUUGGAUAUGAAAAUGAAUCAAAUAUGGCUAUAAAUGAUACAAUUCCUCAAAUUAUUAUAGAUGAAGAUCAUACUAAAUAUCACACUAAAGAUGAAGACCAUACUAAAGAUCACACUAAAGAUGAAGAUCAUACUAAAGAUGAAGUUAAUUCUCCAUUUGAGGAUAAAUUUGACAGAAAUGAUGAAGAUGAAGAUGAAGAUGAAGAUGAAGAAGUUACUAAUAAACAUGAUGAUACAACUCAAGACAUUUCAAUUUCUUCAAAACAACCAAUCAGUAAAUCACCAAGAAUAUCUGCAUUUAAUUUGUUGAAAAAUGAUAGUGAUGAUGAAAACGAUGAAGAAAUGCAAGAAUUAACUCCACAACAACAGGAAGAAAUUAAGAGGAUGAAAUCAGUGUAUAAAAUUUAUUUUGAUAGAGAACAAACGAUCAAGAAGAAAAAAGUUCAAGAUACCAAUGAUGAUGAUGAAGAUGAACAAGAGUUGACUAAAGAUGCUCAUGGAUUUAAAAUGGAUGAAACUAAAAUUAAUAAUCAUUUGAAAAUGGAUACUGAUUAUGAUAAAAGAUUUAGUAACACAUCUUCAGUUUAUUUAGAUUCUGAUGAACAACAACAAUAUCAAUUAUAUCAACAACAACAAAAUUAUUACAAUCAAUUCAAUCAACAAUAUCAACAACAAUUUGGUUCACCUGUUGAUCCACAAUUUUAUCAUCAAUUCCAACAACAACAAUAUAAUCAAUUUCAUAAACAACAAAGACAACACCCAUUACCUCCAUUACAGAAAUUACGUAAUCCUUCAGAUUUGAGAAAAAGUACUUUACAAACUUAUACUGAUUUUAGACCUAGAUUAAAAAAGCAAACCGUUACAUCUCCUCCACAAGGUAAACAACCAUUUGUACCAAUAGAAAAUGAUGGAGUUUGGACAUCACCAAUCAAUUCUCCAAGUAUGCAAUCACAAUCAUCAUUUCAAAGUACUAAUAAUGGUAAUUAUAAUCAUAGUCACCCACAACAACAAUCACCUCAAUUACAACAACCAGAAUAUUUCCCUCAAAUGCAGCAUUCUACAUCAUCUGAAACUAUUCCAUCGGCUACCCAAUUGGCUCGAUCCUCAGUUGUUAUGUUAAAUCCAGUCACUGAAAUUACAAAAUCAAGAAAAUUUAAACCUGCUGGUUCUUUACCUAGUACAAAAAACCAUCAUCCACAUCCACAACAACAAUAUUAUAAUCAACAUCAACAAUUUGGUGAAAGUGAAUUGAAUGGUCCAGAAAAUGAUCUUAUACCUGGUACUAGAAAAAGUGAUGUUAGAAGAAUGAUGAAUUCGAAUUUUUAG